ACUUGUUAUUUGACUCCAGUUAGCUACUCAGUCUUUCCCCACCCCUACCCCUUCCCUGUCAGCUCACCCACACAGGCUUCCUCUAAACAUAAUGAGCUGCCAGGGACGGACAGGGGAGGGGGAGAGAGAACGUAAUUGCUUCCUUUACACAGCUUGUAGGCAGGCAGACAGUUUAGGCAGAGAGACACAGAAGAACACUUGGAGAGAUUGAGAGGAGGCACAACAUUUAAAAAAGAGAGAAGUAAGAUAAAAGGGAAACAAAUCACCAACAGCGCAAAAUAAAAUGGAUCCCAACAAGAUGCCAAAUGCCCCACCACCAGGCUGGAACCCAGAUGAGAAGUCUGGGAUGGGACAACCAGCUCCUCCACCCUACCAGGACCACCCCCAGUACCCCAACACAGGAUACCCUGUACCAGCAGGCUACCCCGCCAAUCCCCAGGGAUACGCACCACCGCCCCAGUAUGGAGGAGCUCCUGGGGCCCCUUACGGCCAGCCAUACCCCCAGGGAGAGUACACCCAGUCCACCGUCACAGUCCAGCCUACGGUGUUUGUGACCCGUGGAGCUCUGCCUUACCCUCUGCCAGACUACCUGGGCUACUCCAUUUUCACCAUGCUGUGCUGCUGCCUGCCACUUGGCAUCGCUGCACUUAUCUACUCCAUCUCGACUCGAGACGCCAACAACCAGGGUCAGCAGCAGGUUGCUGAGAGGAGUUCUCGUCUAGCACGGAUACUGAACCACUCCGCCCUGGGUAUCGGCAUCACCGUCAUCAUCCUGUACAUCGUCUACGUCGUCAUCCUGGCCAAAAAUAUCCACUGAUCUGACACAUAAACACCGGCUAGCACCACAGCCACCGCUUCUCUCAACCCCAGCCCCCAAAAUUAUCCUGAUCUUGACCACAUACAGUAGGUGCCAGUUACAGGCACUUUCCAAAGAGAUACAUAAUGCUGUUUAUUCAUCAAUGCUUUUUUUUUUUAACUAUAUAUCUAAUGACUUGCUUUUUUAAAUACCUGCAGACAGGAUAGUUUAAAUUGUUAAUUAAUUUGUCUGUUUAAUUUGAAUUUUAAUAUACAUAAAUAAACAACAAAUUAUGGAUACUGAUAGUUUUUUGGACUAUUUCUAAUAAAUGUCUAAAGGAUAGUGUAUGUGUAUUCACUGUGUAUGGAUAAGUCAUAUCAGAGUUUAGAGACACAUUUGACAAUGUUAUGAGAGUGCAUCAGAAAGAGACUAUUCUUAAAGUCUGAGAGGACAUGUAUUACUUGAUGUCAAUACACAGAGUGCCAGUAAGGUUACCACUCACAAGAAUAAACAUUUUGCAACUCAAUGUCAAACAUUUA